AUGAUUUCACAAUUUACUCAUAUCUAUCUAUCUAUCUAUCUAUCUAUCUAUCUAUCUAUCUAUCUAUCUAUCUAUCUAUCUAUGUCGUGUCUGUUUCAUCUUUCUAUUUGUGUAUGUAUGUAUGUAUCUAUCUAUCUCAUUCUGUUCAUUUUUAAUCUAUCUAUCUAUCUAUCUAUCUAUCUCAUUCUGUUGUUCCAUCUCUUAAGUUCAUUCUCAUUUUCAAAUCUUCAGGCGUUUCGUGACCGUCGUUUCUUUUUUCCUUUGGCUUCUAGUUUCUUUCAUAGGUAUACUUUAUCUAUCUAUCUAUCUAUCUAUCUAUCUAUCUAUCUAUCUAUCUAUCUAUCUAUCUAUCUAUCUAUCUAUACAGGCAAUGACAAUACUAUGUCAACGUUGUUCCCUGGCAACGAUCUCUUUCUUUCUCUGUGGAAAUAUAUUAUAUUCUUACAUCCCACUCGGCACGCCAUUUUUGUUUUCCCUCCAACCAUCCAUUUCAGGAUUCCAUGUGACCUGUGCGACAAGCUGAAUGUCUGUCAUUUGCGCUGA